GCCAACGCCAUCUGCCAGUGUCAUCUACCACCGCCAUCCAGUGCAGUCACCGUCGCGUGCAUGUGUCCACAACGCCAUCACUGCAUAUAAACAGGAUCUGCAGGCGUCAACGUCCCGUUGCUGAAUUGGCAAAGGAUCGAGAGCGGCGGACAUCUGAAGCCAGUGGUGUUGUGCUGAUGUAUGACCAGGGAGUGCGUAAAGACAGCAUUGAAUCUGCAGAUUAUUCUGUCCGCUACGAAACACACGAGGGCACUGUGAAGACCUCCAUCGAGUAUCACAAGGCUGACACACCAAGCAUGUGGGUGCCGCAAGGAUCCAUGUCAUCAGGUAGCACAACCCAGCCCACACAUCUCGUAUCAUCAGCAACUGUCAUCGUCCCUACGCCCGGUCUAUCAGGCCAGACCGCCGCACAGAAACCAUCCUACAGCAAGCCUUCGCGCGACACAUUCAACCGCAGCCAUGGUCAACACGGAUCGGGUACAGCCACGGAUCUGCAGGCGGCGGCAUAUCAGGCGCUGGCAUCGGGAUCACCUCGCAAUGCAACCGAAAGGUUUAUGAGUGCUGCUCAGCCUCACCCACCGCCUUCAAUGCCACGAAAACCUGACAACAACAGCGGACUUAACCCACAGGAAACCUACUCUCACCUGAGCCGCUGCGGCUCGAAUGCCGACGGCGUUUCCGUGAGUGGCUACUUGACAGCGCGCACACCGGAGAACAAUGCGGCUGCCCCUCCAGCAGAAGCUUACGGAAGUCUUCACCUGCCAGCAGUGUAUGACGCACUGCAAGACAUGAACCAGAACAAGUCCGUAUCAGACUCCCCCUACAGCCUUUAUGGCGAAGUGAACGAUGGCGUUCGUACCCCGUCUCGUGGUGCUUCACCAAGCGUUGGAGCCAUGGCAAUGGCAGCAGCGGUGCCAGCCCAGACAGCAGGACGCUGCACUCCCAACAGGUAUGGUGACAAUACGGCUGGCCCUGCAUUGCAACCUUACGGCAGUCUACAACAGCCAGAGAGGUAUAGCGCACUGCAGGAGAGAAGCGGAGUUCCUUCAUUGCGUGAACAGCCACCAACACCACAAGCCAGCAGUCGAGCGGCGUCAGUGAAACAUCCAGACGCCGCCAUGGCCGAAGCUCUACAGUUUGAGGAGUAUGAGUGCUACGGACGAGCACCUGUUCCCUUGCAUGAUGCUGGAGAAGCUGCAGCUGAAAGAUUCAUGCAUAUUCCUGGUCACAUCAGCCCCAACCAGGCGCAGAAUCUCCGCGGCAUGGCACCUAAUCCAGCGUGAGUUUGCGUGUGUGUACGUGUACGUGUGCGCGCGUGUGUGGUGUGUGUGUGUGCGUACGUGUGCGUCUAGACUCUAGUGGGUUCGCUGCCGGU